UUUUCAGUCUCACGCCGGCAUUCGACGAAUGCUGUGUAUAAACAAUAUUUUGCUGUUCUCACAACAGAAAUUUCUUUUUAUUUUUAUUUUAUUUUAAUAUAAAACAAAAUAUUUUUAUUUUAUUUAUUUUAAUGUGACAACUUUGAAACAAAACACCACACAGAGAGCGUGAUGUGAUUCGUAUCACUGAAAUUGUUUGUUUGAAUAUUCGAAAAAAGAAAAUCAAUUAAAUUUAAUUAGACGGCUAGAUGCUGUGAUUGAUGGCCAAUAAACUUGAUCAGAAUUUCUAGUAUAAUAUUUGUUUAAUGCUGCAUUAUUAUUUUAAACUGCAACAAACAGAGAAAUAUGACAAACGGUUGUGCGAACGAAACAUGUUGACUGGAUUGUACUUUAUCGGCCACUACUGAUAGGAUUAUUUUGUUUAUUCAAAACGGUUCAACAGACCGACUAUGGACAAGUCGACGACCAUCUUGAAAUUCAUUUUCGUGCUGGGCCUUUGGUCAUUCCUAGUUUUAGGACUACUGAAACUAAAUGAUCGAGGUGCUACACUUUCCGAUCACUUUCAAACACCGGUGAGCAGACGGUUCUUACUGCAACGAGAGAAUCGCUACACCGAAGCAACUUCGAAUCCGCCCGAUGGCACAUUGGAUGAUGUAUUGGUGGAUAAUCGACAAGGAAUCGAUGAUGAAACUCUAGUCCGUGAAGUCGAGUCGAGAAUCUCCUCGCUACCAAUCGCAUAUUGGAACAAAAAUAAAGUGUUCGCCGAUCGUAACUAUUCGACAAGCUGUGCCCGAUAUCCUUCCAUUUUCGAAUUGGAAUUCAGUAACAUUUACUGGCAAACCGUUCGAACAUCGAACGGAACAUUUCAAUUGUUCGGAGCUUACUACGAUAUUCGGAAAGCAUCGCUGCUGGGUCCGGCCGUUCGAAUUUUGGGAAUGAUUGAUCGAAUCGAACCGAAUGUUAAAACAUACUGUCAACUGUGGUUCGACGGUCAGAAGGAACCGUACAUUGUGAAAACCUUUGAGUAUAAAUACAUUUGGUACAACAAAUGGGGAAACUAUAAGCAAGGAAUAUAUCAGCCUUACCUAAUAGCGUGUCCCAUCCCAAAACCAUUCCAUUCACUUGUACCCGCUUCUGUUUCGAUUGUUGAAAAAAAAUGCGAUUCGGCUACCAACAAUCUGAAAGUGAUUUACAAUCGUCCAGCCGAUGACCAUAAAAAAGGAUUUGCAGUUUGUGUGAAGGGACUAGACUUUUUGUAUGACGAUUUAUCGGUUCGACUGAUUGAAUGGAUCGAAUUGAUUAGCAUACUCGGAGCGGAUAAAAUUUACUUUUACAAAUUAAAUGUUCAUCCCAACAUAUCCAAAGUGUUGGACCAUUAUGAGGCACAAGGUUUGGUUCAGGUGACACCUGUUACACUGCCGGGUGGUCAGCCCAAUGUUCCUGGUCUGCAGCAUUGGUUUUUAAAACAAAAAACAACCAAUAAAAGACAAAACGAAAUAAUUCCGUACAAUGACUGCCUGUACCGUAAUCUGUACAUGUACGAUUUCAUUACUUUAUUGGACAUCGACGAAAUAAUUAUGCCAAAGAAUGACUUAUCGUGGCGCGAUCUGAUGAAGCGAGUUUUGGAAGAAACUCGAAAUUCGAAACGAGCCACCUAUCCCAGUUACAAUGUCCGGAAUGUGUAUUUUCUCGACAAACAUCAACACGAACACGGCUGGUACCGUGACGUGCCGAAAUAUUUGCAUAUGCUACAGCAUGUACAUCGUGCCAAAAACUACACGAAACCGAAUCAAUACGUGAAAUGUUUCCAUAAUCCUGAACUCGUGUUGACAUUGCACAAUCAUUUCCCACUCGCCUGUUUGGGUGGAAGCUGCCAGUCAUAUCCCAUAUCAACCGAACACGCUCAACUGCAACACUAUCGUGCCGACUGUGUGAAGACGCUCAAAAAGAGCUGCGACGAAUACAAACAAAAUGCGGUUGAAGACAAAACCAUUUGGAAGUUUAAGAGUCAACUGAUUAGUCGAAGCGUAAAAACGCUGGACAAGUUAGGAUUUUUGAAAAAUUCUAACUGAAAUUUUUGCACAUUCGAUGAUCGUGGUGAGGCGUUUGAAACAGAGACUGAUGUAUGGAAACUGUGCACAACGGAGAUCUACUCUAUCGGCUAUGACUUUUAUCUAUUGUGAUGGAAACGUAUCUUCCGCGGCGGAGACAAGACUUUGGCUUUAGACACUUUACUCGACGUCAACAACAGAAGCAUACUAACUGAUGACCUACCAACAGCAAAACAUUUUAAUUUUUGAUAGUAGUGCAACAGUUUGUGCUUCUGAUGCUAUUUACACAUUUACAAUCGAGAUAAAUAGAAUGUAAGUCAUGGGUAUUUAUAUCUGCAGCAAUUGUACAAUAAAAUACGUAAACUCAACAUUCAAAUUAAUUUUACGAAUUGUUUAUUUCUCAUUCAAUUAGUCAGACGGUUGUUUGGUAUUAAAAAAAAUUAAAAUAAAAGGAAAAUUAAAGGCAAAAACAGAAACCAAGCGAAUAACGUUACACAUUUCAAAAUUGAAAACACUAAAAACGUCGAAAAACCCAUUGAUUUCACUGAGUGAUAAAUGAAUUAUUAAUUGAUCUGUGUCAGAAAUCACCUAACAAAAUAUUUUGAGACUAUAACAAUUUUGCUGGUUGUGAAUUUAUUUUUGUUUUGUCGUUGUUUAAUUUCGUUUUUUUUGUUUAAAUUUAGUUUUGAUGCAUUCAAUUUGUUGAGCUGAGUUCAUUGUUACAGAUUUCGUCAAUUUAUGCACAUAAUAGACUUGAAUGUAAUGUUAAUUUAGGUUUUUUUUAUUAUUUUAUUUUUAUAUAGAAAAAGAUUUUAAAUUUAUUUUUUUUAUUAUUAUUAUUUCUGAUACAAUCACUUAAAGUAAGUAGCAAAGCAAUUGUAUAUAUUUAUAUUAUGUGCCAAUUUUGUUUGAUAUAUAGUGAAGACUCUUGUGCUGUAAUCUUUAA